GCCGAUAAGCUGGAGGCUUUGAGUUGCCCAGGAGAAUUGUGUCAAACCUCUGAACUUCGGAUUCAGCUCCCUCAUCCUGCAAUGACUGCUGUUCGCUGAAGUCCGUGGUCUGUGGUCCGCCCAAGAUUUCCACCUGUUUACGUGUUUGCCUGUGUUCACCUGCCUCCUCGAGAUGCCCGACAGAAGGCCACUGGAUCCACUGCAGCCGGUGCUCUACAUCGACCACUGCCGCUAUCGCCAAACCUAUCGCAAGCGGGCCCUGCAUCUCCAUUCUUCGCUGGCCGAGGCUCUGAAGGCCAUUCAGCCAAGGGUCAAGCUCCAGCUAAGGAUCAACGACAAGGGACCGCCGCAGGAUGGAUCCUUUGAGGUUGCCGUUUCCCCGCAGCCAACCGAUGACUCCAAGGCCCGCCAAAGUGUGUGGACUGGGCUGCGGCGGAUGCCCAGUGCAUCGAAGGUUCCCCAUGUGGACGACAUUCUGACCCCAGUUUGCUUCGCCCUCCAGCUGCGGGAUCCGCACAAGGAAUCACAUCGCCGGAUGCUGACCAACUUGCGGCACAACGAGGGCAGUCGCGCCAGGAGGAGGGAUAUCAAAAAUGUGUUAAAUAAUACUUAGUAAAUAAGUAAAUAUUUACAACAC